CCUUAUGUAAUCAUACCCUUGUAACAUCGUCCCCACCAAAGACUCGAGAGAAGGCUACCGUUCCCACUUGACGAGAUUCCCCGGGAGUCGGAGACCACCAAAAGUCCCGACAUCAGUCUUAAGUUGUUAUAACCACUUCCAUGCCCGAUGAAUGGUCCCACACCAUGCUUCAAUCCGAUCCGAUGAGGAUAUACCGUACGAAACGAGAUGCAGCGCACCGUGCUGUCACCUCGAAGUACACCAUCCUCGGGUUCAUAUCAUCAGGAACGUAUGGGAGAGUCUACAAGGCUCAGAGCGUGGACUCCGAUGGUACCAUAUAUGCAAUCAAGAAAUUCAAACCCGACAAAGAAGGCGAUGUAGUGACUUACACCGGCAUCAGCCAAAGUGCCAUUCGAGAGAUGGCGCUCAACAGAGAGAUAUCCCAUGAGAAUAUCGUUGCAUUGAAAGAAAUCAUCCUAGAAGAGAAAUCUAUUUAUAUGGUCUUCGAAUACGCUGAACACGAUUUUCUCCAAGUAAUUCAUCAUUAUUCCCAGACGCUUCGUAUCCAGAUCCAGUCCCAGGUCCUCAAAUCGAUGGUGUAUCAAUUAUUGAACGGCCUUUUCUACCUUCACUCUGCACACAUUCUGCAUCGUGAUCUUAAACCUGCCAAUAUACUGAUUACUGCCUCAGGAGUCGUCAAAAUCGGAGACCUCGGAUUAGCACGUAUCAUAUACCAACCUUUACAGCCUCUUUUCGCCGGAGACAAGGUGGUGGUUACAAUAUGGUACCGCGCUCCGGAGUUACUAAUGGGCGCGAAACACUAUCACAAAGCUAUCGAUUGCUGGGCGGUUGGCUGUGUGUUUGCUGAGCUAGCGAGUCUUCGGCCAAUAUUCAAGGGGGAAGAAGCAAAGUUGGAUUCUAAGAAGAACGUGCCUUUCCAGAGGGAUCAACUGCUCAAGAUUUUCGAGGUGUUAGGUACACCGCAGGAGCGAGAUUGGCCCAGCGUCAGAGACAUGCCAGAGUACCAGAAUAUGAAGAAGCUGGAUCCAUAUCAGAACCGUCUUGAGGAAUGGUGUCAAUCCCGGAUUAGAUCGUUGCAGGGACAUGACUUACUUCGUCAACUGUUUGCCUAUGAUCCCGCCAAGCGCUUGACAGCGAAGGAAGCUUUGAUGCACAAGUGGUUUCAAGAGGACCCACGGGCGACGUGGAAUGUAUUUCAGUACGUUCCUGGCCAUCAGCUUCCACCUCAGCGUCGGAUCCAGGAUGAGGCACCUUCUAUGAUGGGGGUCCCUGCGCCAACACAUGCACAGACUCAAACUCAAGCUCAGGCUGCACACGUCCAUGGUCAGGGACAACAUUUAACUCAGCAAUCACAGACAAACCUUUCUCAACAAUCGAAAUCCGCGAGCACAGCUAGCUUCGCCAGUGUAAGUGCAGGUCCUGUCCAAAGUUAUGUGGGGAAUCAAGGAGGCACAUCGAGAAAGAAAGCCAGGGUAGGUUGACCCUACGGACAUCUCUGCUUGAUUCUGCAAAUAGCCAGCGACUUGUGUAACUAACUUGUUCCCCUUUCU